CAAAAAGAAAAAGAACAUAAAGGGGGGAAAGAAGUGAAAGGUGGCAGAACGGGAGGAAGGCGGGUUCUUCUCUCUAUCGGAGCCGUAUCGGAUACGAAGUCAACUUGGGCAUAAACAAAUGGCGGGUAGGCCCCAUUUACGCGAAGAGAUACGCUAAACAUAUGCAUCAAAUCGCCAUUAACUGAGCUGACAAUCGGAGGACGGAUUGAAGAGGCAGCCAACCUAAGAGGCCUACCUUUUCAUCAUUCCUUCGACAUCUUACUUCCACAGACAUUCUCCAACCAACCACCUAAAGAGCCUAACUUUUUGUCUGCUUCUUGCUUCCUUCCAGCACCCACCACCGUGUUUUGUCCCUUUUCUGUGGUUCCGUUGGCUUCUUCUCUUGGAAUUUGAAAUAAUCAAAGGGGGUAAGCCAGAUAGCUAGAGAAGGUGAAAACCGGCUGUCGUGCAAUCGAGUCCUGCCGUCCUGGGUUGAUCAUCGUAUAAACAAUGCAUCCGAAGGUGAAGGUUAGGAUGGGAGAUGAAGAUGAUCGGCACUGGGGCUCCUUGCUUUCGCUGAAGGAUAUCCAGUUCCUUUCCAUUCAGGAUUCCCUUUUCCCAGUUAAGUGGCUGCAAAAUGUUUCCACGUCUCCCAGUCCCAAGGCCAAAAUUCCAAAGUCUUAUGUGCCUAGCCUAAUCCUGCCUGAAACACCAGCAACUCCAGUUUCAGUUUGUACAGAAAGUUCAGGAACAGACUCGAAAAGCAACCCAGAUGAAGAAGGGGAUGAUAGACCAAAUAUUAGAGCGAGUUCAAUCCCACCACCUCGAGCCGUACUAUCUAGUCCUCAAAAUGAUGCAUUGAUUGGAAACAAGAACAAGGUCAAACCUGGCAAGCGAGCUUCUUCUCUGAGGAAUCAGAAUUCGACUCAAAGCAGCAGUCAUGUUCACUGUAAAGUCACGCCGAGGAAAGCCGUUGAUGAGAACCCUAUAGUUAGGAGUAGGAAGCCCAAAGAUCAGCCACCUGAUGAUAAGAGUGUUCUCAGAGAGAAGAAAGGGUCAGCUGUUUCGACUCGCAGAAGACCUGUAGUCGAGUGGGUAAAUUGAGAUUAGUUCUUGUUUUUGGGUACCUCUUUUGUUUAUAACACUGGCUUUGCUGCAAAUGCUGCUCUGCAGUGCUAUAAGUGAAGUCAGUUUAAGAGGCUGAAAAGCCUAGGACCAGUAGUCCAGUAUAGACAACACUCUUGUUUUCUGCUUCUCUGUUGUGAAGUUUAGGAUCCAGACAUCAGGCAUAUGAAUCAGCCAAUGUAAACUUAUAUGCUUCUGCAACUGAUAUGAGUGUUAAUAUAGCUAGGUAGAUUAGUCCCAAUACCCUCCUUCACUAUAGGCUCAAUUUUUGCGCUGCUUUUAGACUGAUUUGAGUGAUGUAUCGUAGAGAGAAAUCUUGCAGCUGGACAUGAACCUCGAGUGUGACAUGAUUGUGAAGCAUGCCUAUCAUUUACUUAUUCUUUCUGUUCCAACUCCUGAUUUAAUCAGUUUGAAGUUCAGCCUUGUUAGCAAGACUGGUUUGAGCUAUUUGCC